UCCCGCCCCCCCAUUGGAGUCGCUGCAGCUGCGGCACUUGUGCAGAUGGUCCCCUAGUGUAGGCAGCGCUUUAUCAGCCCCUUCAGCGCAGUGAGAGCAACAGCGGCCCAGCUACCCCCUGUACCAGCUGGGAAACCCCCAGCUGAGGAUUUUCCGACCUAACUUCUUCAUGACACUGGUGAGGCCUGGUGUGCCACAGCCAGAAGACACUGUACAGUUUCGUAUCUCCAUGCAGAUGACGAGAGUGGAUGUUAAGAAUUACCUUGAAAAAAUAUACAACGUGCCGGUGUCUGUUGUGAGGACCAGAAUACAGUAUGGUGCAAACAAUAAAAGGAACCACAAGAACCAGAAAGUGAAGAAGCCAGAUUACAAGGUUGCGUACGUACAGCUGGGUCAGGGACAAACCUUUCAGUUCCCAAACCUAUUUCCAGAAAAAGAAAAAACCCCAGAACCUGGCUCUGUUGAAGACAUCCAGAAGCAAUUUAUGGAGAACGAGAGACAGAGGCAGACAGCUGAUCCCAGGCGAGGAGGAGUCACUGACUGGUUUGGACUUUGAUGCAACAAGGCAGCUGCCUUUCUUUAUGCCUCUCUGAUGGAUUUUAAUCAGCGAACCUGCGUCUUUCUCUCCCUAUGACAUAGGGUUUAUUUUCGAGCAGCCUAUCUGUGCAUAACUACGACAAAACGGCGCAAAAGAGAAAUAAAAAUAAAAAUAAAAAGACAGCAUUUCAGAUCUUU